UUUAGUAUGGUAGUAUGCUGAUUUGGAUAGAGCUUGUGGAGCAUACAGUUUCACACUCUACUUGCCCUACUGUUCAGUGCAUUAGUUGACUCUGGCAUUGCGGUUAGAUGUGGUGGAGAAGAGGAAGGGGGAGGGGCUUAGUGGAGAGAUGAGCAGAUAGGUGGAGUUUAGAGUAAGUUUUGAGUGGAGGUCAGCGAAGAAUUACCUCCUCCUCUUCUUCUUCUUCUGUCCUUUUCACCAUGCUAUGUGCUGAAAGAAGACUUUGAGACUUUCCCAAAGCUCUCUCUAGUGAUCUGUUGAAGUUCAGCUGUUAGUCAGAGCUCGUGCAUCCACGCAGCACUAGCAGGAGAUUGAUCAGAUGCUAUGGUCAGUGCACACAACACGCUAACUGGAUGCAUUGUGUAGUGCUGUGGAAUAACUGCAAACUGCAUGUACGUGUGUUGGGACAUGGCCAGGAUUUUGCAGGAAGGAAACCAGCUUGACGUGCUGUAGACUGUUACAGACAGCUUCGUGGAGGGAAAUUUGAACGCGUGCGUGGAAAUGUGCAAGGAACAUCUGGAGGAAGAGCUGAAGUGUACACGCGCGAGCUGUGUUGAAGCGCACGCGCAUUCCUCAGAUGGGCGACCAAAACCUUCCCGCCAUGCUUUCGGAGGAUGAACUGGAGAAGAAGAAGGAACACAGGACAGUCACGUUCUCCCAGUUCUCCUCAACUGUACGAGCCGUGCUGCGAAUUCGCCAGAAGUACCAAGCGAUGAAAAGGCGCCGCGUGGACCGGUCAGCAUCCCAGCACAGUGCUCAUUUAAUGUCUCAGCGUGGUGAUCUGCGCUCCACCAGCCCCAAGAUCUUCACAUUCGAUAUAGUUGAUGGUAAUAGUCCUGUCAAUGUAGGCAAGAAAAAGAGAAAGAAAAAGGCACGCGUCCUGUUCCCCAAUAGCAGCCGCCGAGUCUUGCCCACCAAGGAGCAGAGCCGGGCCAAGAGCUGCCUGGUCUUGCUGUGCGUUGUGGUUUUCUUGCAGGUUUACAACGCCAUCGAAAACUUGGAUGACCAUGUGCUCAAAUACGAUCUGGAGGGACUCGAGAAAACCCUUAAAAGAGAGGUUUUUGGACAGCAGGAGGCAACUGAUGGCCUGUUGGGCCAUUUAAAAGAUUACUUGUCCACAUACGUUCACAGUAAACCUUUGGUUGUGUCUCUUCUUGGGCCCAGUGGUGUAGGAAAGAGUCACAUAGGAAGGCUAUUGGCUCAGCACUUCCGUUCUGUGGUGGGCGAGCAGCUGGUCAUGCAGUACUUCGUCCUCCACCACUGUCCCACGGGAGGAGACGUCCCACUCUGUGCCGAAACUCUGACCUCCCAAGUCUCUGAGAUGGUCACUCAGGCUGAAGAAGAGGAGAAGAUCCCCCUGUUCAUCUUUGAUGAGAUGGAGCACAUGCCUACUGAGCUGCUGGACACUGUGCGCGUUCUCAUCGCGAAAAAGGACAACAACGAAUAUCUGAACGCCAUCUACAUCCUCAUCAGCAACCUGGAGCGAGAGGAGAUCACAAAGUUUGUGCUGCAGAACUCCACGAGCAUCACCAGUUCGGGCCGAGGGCUCAUUAGCAAGGAGUUGAACGCUUUGCUGCUUAGUAAUCUCAAAAAGCACCACCUGCUUUGGCUGGAGGCAGAGUUGCUGCCUCUCACACUUCUGGAAAAAAGCCAUGUGAUGGAAUGUUUUAUCGACGAGAUGUCUCGGGAAGGAUUUUACCCAGAACGUUCUCAUGUAGAAAGACUAGCAGACGAGCUGGGUUACUAUUCUGUGGGUGAACGAGAGUUUUCACGCACUGGAUGUAAGCAAGUGGUGGCAAAAGUGAAUCUUCUGUGAAACCAAAGGCUGUGUGCACUGAGGCCAUGCAGAAGUGUAUCCUGUUAGUAGAAGAAUAUUCGAGGAAUACACUGAUGCAUCAAGAUCCGUACUAGUCUGCGAUGGCUGGAAAAGACUGGCAUGGUUUCACUGUUAUUUUUAUAGCUCUAAACAGGAAUGUUAUGAAUGUUGAAUUUUAAAAGAAAAUUACUGAUUUUUUUUAAUGCCAUUGUUAUUUUCCCCAAUAUAUUUGUUAAUGGAAA